UAUCCGCGGAAGUUGAAGAAGUCAAUUCAAUUUUGCGCGGCAAUUGUAAACUGUUUAGGGUAGUGGGACGAGAAAAGCAAAAGUAUCUGGAAAGAAUUGUUGCUGCAAAGCACUUGGGGUGCUGGCAUCUAAAUAUGACAAAACGAGAGGAAUUUUUAAAUUCAGUCAGCAAAGAGAAUGUGGAGGAGUUCUUGAAAUUCCUAAAACUCCAUAAGGACAGUUCGGAGCCCUUCGAUCUGCCGGAGCUCAUCCAGGAGCUCCCUACAAAGCAGAAGGAGCUGCUGUGGGGGAAGCUGCAAGCGCUCUUAACCGAGUCACUGUUGGACUUCCCCGUGGAGCAGUGGAACCAGGGACUGGACGAUGACAGUGGGGAUGAGAUGGAAGUGGAACUUCCGGCGGCCUUAAAACAGACCAUGGCCAUAAUCGAGGCUGUGACAGCUGUUGCUACUGCCUCAAUAACUGUAAUGCAAGAUGAUGAUGCUUAUGAUGCUCUGCUUGGGUGUGCCCAUAUGUUAAAUGCGAUUCUGAGUGCUGUGCCGCCCUCGGAAAUGGUGGUACAAGCUUCAGUUCAGCGCUUCUGUGAGCAGUGGUGGGAGAAAGGACUGGAAGGAAAGGACGAGCUGGGAAGAAGCGCUUUUCUAGGGCUUUUGGAGAGAAGUCUUUCACUAAAGAACCCGGCCACAUAUUUGCAGCGCUUAUGGAAUCUCCACGAAGUGCUUCUGACCUUUAGCUUUGACUCAGAAGACAGUAAAGGUUUAAGUGACCUGCUGCUGCAGUGUUUUCUCAGUGUGAACCACAUUAAACGGGAAGAGGGAAGAAGGUUUCUGAUUUACGUUUUUAGCUGGAAUGUGAAUUUUGUAAAGAUGAUUCAUGGAACAAUCAAAAAUCAACUUCAGUUCUUCCCUAAAUCUAUCACUGUACAUGUGGCUGAAAUAUAUUUUAGAGCAUGGAAGAAGGCAUCGGGGGUCAUCUUAGAGGAAAUAGAAAAGGUUUGCAUCCAGGAUUUCAUGCAGCAUGGCAUUCACCUUUACAGGAGUUCGCCAGUUCAUUCUAAAGUGCGACAGAUACUCAGUUACUUCCACAACCAGAAGUUGCGCCAAGGAGUUGAUGAAAUGCUGUACAGACUAUACAAGCCCAUUCUUUGGCGAGGGCUAAAGGCAAGCAGUUCAGAAGUCCGUGCCAAUGCUGCAUUACUGUUCACAGAAGCAUUCCCCAUUCAGGAUCCCAGUUUAAGCAAUGAGGACAUGGACAGUGAAAUCCAGAAGCAGUUUGAAGUAUUGUUUUCUCUCCUAGAGGACCCUCAGCCACUGGUCCGCUCGGCUGGAGUUCUGGGUGUUUGCAGAAUAACGUCAAAGUAUUGGGAAAUGAUCCCUCCCAGCAUCCUCACAGACUUUCUAAAGAAGCUGGUCACGGAUCUGGCUGCUGAUGUGAGCUCUGCUGAUGUCCGCUGCUCAGUCUUCAAGUGUAUGACCAUGAUUCUGGACAACAAGCUGAGCCACCCAUUGCUGGAGCAGCUGUUUCCUGUCCUGAAAAACAGCCUCCAUGACACCUCGGAGAAGGUACGAGUGGCCUUCAUAGAACUGCUGCUGAAGAUUAAAGCUGUCAAAGCUGCCAAGUUCUGGAAGGUAUGCUCCAUGGAGCAUCUCCUGGCUAGACUUGAGGUUGAUUCAGCUCCUGUUUCUCGAAGGAUUGUAAACCUUCUCUUCAGCUCCUUCUUCCCCGUCAACAUGUCGGAAGAAGUCUGGUGUGAGCGAUGUGUUACCAUAAUUCAGAUGAAUCCCAUGGCAGCCAGAAAGUUUUACCAGUACACCCAUGAAUAUACUGCUCCUACCAAUAUAGCCAAACUGAUGCUGACAAUCCGGCGGUGUUUGAAUGCCUGUAUUCAGAGAACAGCCGACGAAGACGAGGCAGAAAGCAGCAACAAAGAGAACUCCAGUAUUUUGGAGGACGUCCUCUCUGUCAAUGACACUUCAACAAUGGCCAGCUUACUAGAGGUUGUGCUGAUCCUGUGGAGAAGUAUUCGCAAGUCUCUUGAAAUGAAUAAAGAAGCCCUUCAGUACACCACCAGCAAGUUUGCAUCGGUGUUGCCUGCAUAUUUCCGUGUAUUUCAGGAUCAACGUUGCUUGGUUCCAUUGAUCCUCAUGGCAUCUUUCAUGCCAGCCACGGCUAUCCCUUCUUUCAGCUGCGGUGUCCUCUCCAAGCUGAGAAACUUAGAAUAUGGAGUUGCCGAAUCCCAGUACUCCACGCUCAUCGACUGCCUCUGUCGCUGGGGACAGGUGGGACACAUCCUGGAGGUCGUGAUGGACUGGCUGACUGAGGCCAUGCCACAGAAAAAGAGCAAAAAAGACACCCAGGGUAGAGUGCGCAUUAAUGUGACAGUUGUGGUCAAACCUGACUUAGGCCUGGACUACAUUGAAUACCUCAUCACUCACAGAAUGAACCGGUCCUUCCUGCUGGACGUUCAGAAAAAGAAAUUAAACCAGCUUCUGAAGGCGAUGGGGGCACUGAAGGUUGUGUUCUACACAUGUAUCAAUUCUACUGAGGUGGGGCCCACUCAGAUUGACAAGAAAACUGCACUCAGAGCCUUCAACCUUCACUGCCGUCUGAGUAUCCAUCUCCAGGAAAAGUUUUCAGAUGACAGGAGCUACCUCUUGGUCCUCGAAAGCGGUAUAGCAUGGAUUACUGAGAAGAUCCUUCCUUUCCUCGUCAGUCCUGAGGAAGAAAGAGUCUCCGUGGAGCAGUAUGAUGUAGCAAAACAAGCCGUGGAAGACUUCCUGAACGUUUGCAAGGAUGUCGCAAUGGUGGGCCUUGCGGAUACAGAAUUUAAGGGACAGAUUCUUCGUUUCUGCACAGCUGUGCUUCAGUCCGAUAGGGGACACGUGUUCCUGCCAUCGCUGAUUUCCAUUCUGAAAGAGGUCGCGGAGGUCUGCCUGGUUCAGAGUGCUCAAAGUCAAAGUCAGGACCUGUCCCUUCUUCUCAGCUUCGUCUCCGAUGUGUUCCAGAAGAGUUUGGAAGCUGUUGCACGCAGACUACGGAAAAAUCGCGAAGAGGGGCUGGAGGUGUGCCAUUCAGUCAGCAUGGCCCUGGGAGAUUUUCUUUCUGUUAUUCAAGAAUGGCACACAGCAAAUACAGCUGUUAAAGCCGCAGUCUUCUCAACCAUCAUCGCUGCAGUGGUUGUGGAAUUGAAGCAUUUCCUGCACAAGGUUUCAGGGGCAGAGGAGGUAGCAGCUCCAGAGACAGUUCAGCAUCUGCCUCCACUUUCAAGAACCUUACUGACCGUAAUUUUUAAAUCUUCGAGUUUAACCAGGUCAUUUCUGACUGAGACAAAUGAGUCCAUUGAAUCUGAAGCAAUAGAUGGAUUAACAGGAUUGACUUCAGUCUUGUACGUUUUGGCAUUAAUCGGUCCUUUUAAAGGAUCGGAUAUCAAGGCAACAGUUGUUUCCAUUCAUAGACAGUUGCAGCGGUAUCAAGAAGUCAUGGCUGAGGACCAUGGUAGCAUUCAAAGAGCAAUUUAUGAGUCUGCUGUCAAGUCUGUGAAUAAGAUUUUGAAGGUGUGAUCAGCCACCUCUAAACAAAAGAGCUGCAAGCAAGACCAGUGGACAUUCGAUCUGUUAAAUUCAGACAGAUCUUUUGUAGGACCCUUGUUUCCUCUUUGUCUUUGUCGCUAAUGUCACCUUACAAUGGCUUCUAGCAUGUUUUUACUGUUGUUAAAAGACAACACCAUCUGAUGUACAGGUUCUUAUUUACUGGAUUCCAUGAUCUUCAAACAAAUAAUAUAUAUUUAAGAAUUCAUAUGUGAAUGACAAAUAUGGCGUCAUUUUAUUUCAAUUGCAUAUCCCUUUCAUAUUAUAAAUACAUAGCUCAUUUGAAUUAAAUGUAAUUGAAAUAAUGACUUGACAUCAGUGUUUCUGAAAGGUGAGAUAAUUACUUGCUUGCUAGUUGUUCCUUAACUGAUUUUUGUAUUAGUUUUCAGUUUUGUAUGCUACUUCUGUUUAUACCAUAUCAAAUACAUUUCUCAGUCUUCCUUGCAUUGAGAUUAGUUUGAUAAACUGGACAAGUCAGCUUCACAGUGUUUGUGCCACUUUGGAUGCCUGCCAUUAAUCAUUAUAAAUUCUGAUUCUACAAGG